UUUUCUCCCAUUUCAACCCUUCGGCCUCCAAUACUCUCUUCUCAAUUCUCUCGGUCUCUCCAUUUCUAUUGUCUUCUCUCCUUUCUCUUCUGCAACUCUAAUGGCGGACUUGCCAACUUGCUUGGAGUUAACGAUAUCAGUUCCUGGUUUAUCUUCUUCCCCAUCUCCUCCUCUGUCUGAGAGCGGUAACGCGAUGAGAGACUUGGACAUAAAUCAAAUCCCGUCAGGCAUAGAAGAAGUGGGAAGCGCAGAAGACGAAGAAGAGAGCGGUUGCGGUGGUGGCGGAGGCCCUCCCCGUAAGAAGCUCCGCCUCACGAAAGAACAGUCUCGUCUCCUCGAAGAGAGCUUCAGACAGAACCACACCUUGAAUCCUAAACAAAAGGAAGCGUUGGCUUCUCAACUGAAGCUAAGACCACGCCAAGUUGAAGUCUGGUUUCAAAACCGUAGGGCCAGGACGAAGCUGAAGCAGACGGAGAUGGAAUGCGAGUAUCUGAAGAGGUGGUUCGGGUCACUGACGGAGGAGAACAGGAGGCUACAGAGGGAGGUGGAAGAGCUGAGGGCGAUGAGGGUAGGACCACCGACGGUGAUGUCUCCACACAGCUGCGAGCCCCUCCCGGCAUCGACAUUGACCAUGUGCCCCAGAUGCGAGCGCGUGACAGCAGCGCCCUCGACAAGGGUCCCACCACCAACACAGCGAACUCCGGAUCCACCACAACCGCCCUGGGCUUCCCCAAGGCACCACCGAUGCUCCACCACCCUCGACAACCGUCGGCGGCCUGUUAGUUGGUCAAGCACUCGUGGUUGUUUGGUGGGUUCACAUGUAUGGCCAAAAAUCGAAGAUGAAAAGAAUCAAAAAGAUUAGGAAGGAUAUCUCUCAUGUCAGAGAGGAAACCAGUGAUUAGAUUACUUUUAAGUUUGACUUUCUUUCUCCAUAUUUGAAGAACAAAUGAGAAGUCACCGUGUGUAUAUUCCCGUAGAAACUACAGACCAGUGUUUCUUAUUUCUUUC